UUGAGAGCAACGAAAUUAACGCCAUUGCUCUGUUUCUGUUAUAAUCUCCUCUCUUCAACAACCACUAUAAAUAGCUGUUUUUGCACUUUCUCUUGGGUGUGGUUCUGAAAAUUCCUUUCAAGAUAAGGCUGUCAAUAAACAAAGCUUGAAAGAAUCGUAUUUCAAAUCCCUUUGCUUCUACGUUGCUCUGAUUUUGUUGUUUUUUUUGUCUUCUCUAUUAAGUGAAUGUGUUUUCGAUGCGAAGGGUGGAGGUUUCGGAAUUGUUAAACGAUGGCACAGAUCGAGAACGAGUCCGAGGACGCCGAGUCGGAAACGUCGUCGUCGUCGGAGGUGAAUCUGUUCGGGAAAUACGAGUUGGGGAAGCUGCUGGGGUACGGAGCCUUCGCGAAGGUGUACCACGCGCGGAACGUGCGCACGGGGCUGAGCGUGGCGAUCAAGGCCGUGAGCAGGCAAAAGGUUCUCAAAGGCGGGUUCGUGGCGAACAUUAAGCGGGAGAUCGCUAUCAUGCACCGGAUGCACCAUCCGCACAUCGUGAAGCUCCACGAGGUCCUCGCCACCAAGACCAAGAUCUACUUCGUCAUGGAGUUCGCCAAGGGCGGCGAGCUGUUCGGGAAGAUCGCCAGGGGGCGGUUCAGCGAGGAUCUCAGCCGUCGGUACUUCCAGCAGCUGAUCUCCGCCGUCGGAUACUGCCACUCGCAAGGUGUAUUCCACCGAGACCUCAAGCCUGAGAAUCUCCUCCUCGACGAGAACUGGGACCUGAAGGUCUCCGAUUUCGGUCUCAGCGCCGUCACGGACCAGGUCCGACCCGACGGGCUGCUCCACACGCUGUGCGGGACGCCCGCCUACGUGGCGCCCGAGAUUCUCUCCAAGAAAGGCUACGAUGGUGCGAAGGUGGAUAUCUGGUCAUGCGGCGUCAUACUGUACGUUUUGAACGCUGGUUACUUGCCGUUCAACGACCCGAAUCUCAUGGUGAUGUACAGGAGGAUCUACAAGGGCGAGUUUCGGUGCCCGAAAUGGACGUCCCCGGAUCUGCGGCGACUCAUUAUGCGGCUUCUCGACACGAACCCCGAGACAAGGAUCACCGUCGAUGAGAUCGUCGGGGACCCUUGGUUCAGUAAGGGUUACAAGGACGUCAGGUUGCGUGACGAGGACAUGGACGGUUUUGAUCUGAAGGACGACAAGUGCGUGAAGCACCUGAACGCCUUCGAUUUGAUCUCGUUAUCGUCCGGUUUCGACCUGUCCGGAUUGUUCAGUGACUCCGAUAUUUCGGUCCGUGGGGAGCGGUUUGUAUCGGGGGAGACACCAGAAAGGAUAAUCGAGCGAAUCGGCGAGGUGGCCGAGACGGAGAAUGUGAUGGUGACGAAGAAGGAUUGGGGGGCAAAGUUGGAGGGGCAGAAUGGAAAUUUCAUGGUGGUUAUAAAGGUUCACCGGUUAACGGAUAGUCUGGUGGUCGUUGAGGUUCGGAAGAGUCGGAAGAGGGAGAGCGACGUUGGAGCUGGCCAACAAAUUUGGGAAGAUAAGUUAAGGCCGCAGCUCGUUGAUUUGGUCUAUCAACCGCAAGCGCCGGUUCCGGGUGAAUAAAAAAGUGACGUGCCGAGUCCAUAAAGUGUUGGUGGGGUAUGGAUUCUGUGUAAUUUUAUUGUAAUUAUUAUAAUCAUUUAUAAUAUAUUGGACCAUUGGUGGAGCAGCCAAAGGGUCCACCACGCA